GAUUUUACGCCGUUAGUUAACGGCUUAAAAUCUUACAUACAUAUACACCGACGCACAUAGUGGCGUAAAAUCUUAGUCUAUAGACUGUGUUAGUCACAUAUUACGCCGUUAUCUAACUACCCGUACAUUUUUAAAUUGCGCUUGCGUAAAAGGGAUAUCGCCCGAGACGCUUCGCUCGGUUAUGUUUUGAACAAAAACGCCUUGUUAAUUUCACGCAACCGCUCGGAGAAAAGGUUAAAAUGACGAGGGAAAAACUUUACCUUCAAGUUAGAAAAUUAGCGAAAUAGAAUGCCACAAUAUUAUAGUUUAAUAUUUCAGAGGUACAUUGAGUGCUUUUUCCGUAGAGAAUCCGCACAAUGGUAAAAUGUUCGAAAAUUACACUCGAUUUGAGUGGGGCGUUGAAGUGGGCGUGGUCACUAUAUUCAUGUUAAGACUAUUUGUACCCCAUGAGUUUGAUAUGGAUUCAAGAAGGUAGGGACAAGCUCGAAAACCUCGACAAUUUUAUUUCUUGCAGUUAAACUGAAACGAGACACCGAUCUGAUAUGAAAUAAUAGAAGUUUUUCGUUCAAUUUAUGAAAAUCGCGUAUUUAAAUAUUCGAAAUAGCUUUUUCCUUCUUACAGUUGGUGCACCAUAGCCCUCGGCUCAGCUUAAGAAGGAGGGUCUCAGUGCGCUGGAAUCUCUGAAGGCUAAGUGUUUGGGUAUCUCUCACGGUUGACGAUUAAUUUUUAAGAAUAAAAGUUCUUCAUUAAACUUUUAUCUUUCCAGAAAUUUUUUUCAGAACUAUUAGUUAGCAGCACAGUUCACAGUAACAAUGUUACAUUUAGGACGGUUUAUCACAUUGAGACUGUAAUGAAGCGGGGGCGAAAGUUGUUUUAUUUCAGAAGAGCAAGCAUUGUUUUGACACAAAGCGAACGAGCAUCUACCUAAUAAGAAUGGUUACUGUUAUUUGGAAAAUACAAGGAUACUUUACGGUAACGCAAAUCCCUUUAAAAAAUCCAGUGGAAGGCAUGCGAAAUGAUAUGACAGUCGGGUCAGAUACAUGGUUUCAUUUUCGUAAGGGAAUGUCUUUCAUUCCUUCACUGAAAAGUCACAGUCUGCUGUAAUACAAGCGAAAAGAGAAAACAUUUAACAUUGCAGACUCUUUGUAAAAAUAAAAGUCGAGCGACCAAGCCUCCUGUUAUGGAGCUUUCAUACUCAGUAAAAAGCCCCGGACUAAGGCAAAGGUAAACUUGAAGAGCCAUCAGUGACAAUUCACAAUUUCUUUUGUCGUGACGCUUCUAUUUGCUUCAGAAAGCGAAAUGUCUCUCCAUACUUGUAAUUGUUUCUUUUGCGCCUCUUUCAACGACAUAGAAUCUCACGCAUUAAAAAUAAAGAAAAUUUGACCCAACCGACACAUUUAUCUCUCCAUUUCAUUUUUCUAUUUCAAUUUUCCGAUAUCAGAAAGAAAAUGAUGGCGUGCGAGAAUAAAUUAUUGACAGCCGUAAGUUUGCCACGAGUUAAAAACGUAUUUCUUUCAUGAUCAAAUUUAGAAAUCUGAAACAAUCUGUAACCGGAAGUCCACAACCAAAGCUAGAGAGCAAUUUUCAUCUCAUCGAAAACAGCGAAAAUACAAACAGUAUUGAAAUGAUGGAUCAUCUCAAGGAAUCACUUGCACCAAGAACCUUCAACAAAAUUAGCUAUGCCGCAGUUUUAAUUUGGUUCGUGAUCAGUGUAAUUUUCUUUGGCAUUUUUGCCGAAGUGGAAAAUACCGAAUCCAGGUACGAUUUCCGGUGCGGUGGCGCGAAGAGUGAAAACAUCGACCUUAUCCGUGGAGAAUGUUUCGAAAAAUACGAGAAGCAACACAACAAGUACGGUGUUCCUGUCUAUGGCUUCGUGAUCACCAAUUUCCUCCUUAUUGCAAUUGUAUGUGUUAUCUACUCCCAAACAGUGAGAAAUACAGUCGAUCAUUUGUCGUCGAGCAGUCGUGACCGUGAUCCAGAGAGCGGACAGUCGCGCGACCAAGAAAGCCCAACAAGACAAACAACAAAUUGCGGACACAGGCUUUUUAUAGCUUACUGUUGUCAACUAUCUACGAGACUUGUUCUAGGAGUUCUCUUCAUAUUGCUGCAAACUCAGUUGCUUUAUCCUUUAAAGUUUUCCUCCACGUUUGAAUGUUGCUUGAACUCUGGAACCAAUCCGCCGAAGAAUUCAUCGGACGCCGCCCCAAACAGUACUUUACACAAAUGUCACAAUCAACGAGCGAUAAAGAAAACCUUUUGGAUGAACGCUGUCCUUGCAGUGAAUGGAAUUUUUGACGCUGGCAUUCUGAUUGAAAUCGUCUACAUUUUGACACAGGCAUGGAUAGAAAGGAAUUUUAUGCAAGACUCAGACUUCCUAAAAACCUAUCUAAAUGCUAACCAUGAAGGAACGAGCGGACAUGAUAAGCCUAAACAGCUUCAGUCAUUCAUCGCACGAACGAGGAAAAUCAUUGAGGAAGACACUCGAUGCCUCUACGAACUCCAAUCACCGUUUCGACGUCCUCCAGGCGAGGAAACAAAAGCCAAAGAUUUGACUUUGGAUCAGAUUUACACAAACCUUGUUAUCAUUCCCAACAGGGCUCACUACAACUUUACUACAAACAGACAAGAGCAACUCAAAGUUUAUCCAAGGUCGCGCGACGAAGAAUCACAUCCGAAAAGCCUGGAAGACCUCCUAAAUGAUAAAAAUAAGAAAGUAUUGAUUGUCGGUCGUCCCGGAAUCGGCAAAACAUUAUGUUGCAUCAAACUUCUCAGAGACUGGGCAUUUGAGAAAGUCAAAUCCCAAAUCCAAUUUGAUGCUGCUUUCUUCGUAAAAUUCAGAAGAUUCAACUCGGCAGACGACCUUAGCCUCAGGGAACUACUCACCCGGUCAGAACAUUCCAUCUCAGAUCACCUGGAUAAUGAGGUCUGGAAUUACAUCCUGCAGCACCCUGAAGGUGUCCUCAUACUUUUUGACGGAUUUGACGAAUUCAAAGAUAACGCAAACAUGGCCGUGGCGCCUUCUCAUCCCGGAAGCAUUAAAGACAAGAUGCCGCUACAAAUCCUUUAUCAGUGGCUUGUGACUGGGAAACUUCUUAAGGAUGCUUCAAUUGUAACGACUACUAGACCUACGGCUUUGACCGGUAUCGCACAUCUUAAUUUCGACAAAACCUUUGAAAUCUUAGGGUUUUCAACCGAGCAAAUUCAAGAGUAUAUCAACAAAUUCGCCGGAGUUGACAAUCAAGUAGGCGAAACACUAUGGCGACACAUCAGCAGCAACAUGAACUUACUUUCGCUCUGUUAUGUCCCUGUGAACAGCUUCAUCGUGUGCUCAAGUCUGUCACAAAUAUUGCAGUUCGAAAGUUCCGCUAGUGUU